AUGCUUUACCAAAAUCCAGAUGUUCCAGUCUUGAAGCAGUUUUUUUUGGGCGGUAACGUUUCGUUGGUCACCGGUGGUUCAAGAGGAAUAGGGCUUGCUGCCGCUAUCGGAUUGGCAGAAGCAGGCUCUGAUAUUGCUAUUACAUAUAAUACUUCAGGAAAAGAGAUACUUUAUAAGGUCGAGAAGAUUUUCGUAGACUUGGGUGUCAAAUUCAAAGCUUACCAAUGUAACGUUAGUAACAAAAGGGAAAUAAGCGAAUGCGUUGAGCAAGUGCUCAUAGAUUUUGGAAGACUCGAUAUCGUGGUUCCAAACGCUGGUGUUGCAGUCCACGAACCAGCGGAAGAUUUUUCCGAAGAGGAAUACCGUAAGACAAUGGCUGUAAAUUUAGACGGUGCUUUUUUUACAGCACAAGCAGCUGCGAAAGUCUUCAAAGCUCAAAAGACAAAUGGUAAAUUAGAACAAGGUCGGAUUAUAUUUACUGCCUCUGUUUCAUCCUUAGUUGUCAAUUAUCCUCAAAAGCAAGCACCUUAUAAUGCUUCAAAAGCGGGUUUGGUGAGACUAGCUAAGUGCCUCGCUGUCGAGUGGAUUGAUUUUGCACGGGUGAAUUGUGUCUCUCCAGGAUACAUUGCAACAGACAUGUUAGAUGCCCAUCCAAAGGAAUGGAGGGAUACAUGGUUUUCUAUGAUUCCGGCUCAGCGAUUGUGUUCAACAUAUGAAUUAAAAGGUGUUUACGUUUUUUUGGCGGGUGAUGCUUCCUCAUAUAUGACUGGUUCUGAGCUUGUUCUCGCAGGUGGCUACACUUUAACAUAA